AUGAGAAACUGUGCGAGUGCUGCAUGGGCUUCCCCGAAUAUAGCUGAAUGGGUCACGGAGGUACACGAAUCGUCACAUUACGUCGGACAACCCUAUGGCUAUGAUCCGAUGGAAGAUGCAACAUCAGCGACGCUAGUCCGACCCCCAGUGUUUGACGACGCGGAACUGGUGGCCGCUACUGGACCA